CAACGGCAGACGCAUCUAUAGCCGCCUUAGAGAGAGAAAGAGCAGAAAAUGAUGAUAUCAGCUACUCUCUCUACAGUAGCGUCAAGAAAUGUUGCCGUAAUUUGCUUAACCGCCAAAUCCAGUCUCACUAGAAUUGAUCGCAUAGCACCUCUGUAUGAUUUCAAUCCAAUUCACGAACGAACGAGCUUGAAAACCGCUUUGUGCCGGCAGUUUCCUCACCGUCUCAACUGGCACCGUGUCAGGGAUUCCAAAUUAAGGUCAUCCUCUGUUUCUGUGCUCGCCGCAGUUGGAAAUAGUGGAGAUAUCCUUCACGACGUCGGCGCGACUGCACUGGUAAUGGCAGGCGCAUAUGCUUUGGUCUUCGUCUUUGAUUAUCUCACUCAGCGCUCUUUCAUCGAACAAAACUUGAGCAGGAAACUGGUUCACAUAUUAUCAGGAUUGCUUUUCAUGUUUUCCUGGCCAAUAUUCAGCACUGCAACAGAAGCUCGAUAUUUCGCAUCUCUAGUUCCACUUGCAAAUUGCUUAAGGCUUGUUUUUUAUGGCCUUUCCCUUUCAAAUGAUGAACGCCUGAUAAAAUCUGUUACUCGCGAAGGAAAAGCAGAAGAAUUACUAAGAGGUCCUCUAUACUAUGUUCUUGUACUUAUAGCUUGUGGUGUAAUCUUCUGGCGCGAUUCACCGAUUGGAGUGAUCUCCUUAGCCAUGAUGUGUGGUGGUGACGGCAUUGCUGAUAUAAUAGGAAGAAGAUUUGGGUCAUUGAAGCUUCCUUAUAACAGAAACAAGAGCUUGGCUGGGAGCAUGUCAAUGUUUGUCUUCGGUUUCCUAGUUUCCAUAGGGAUGUUGUUCUACUUCUCUUCUAUCAUCGGGUACUUUGAGUUGGAUUGGAUUGGGACAAUCGAAAAAGUUGCCCUGAUUUCUUUGGUUGCGACGAUUGUGGAAUCUCUUCCAACAGCUGGAAGAAUAGAUGACAAUAUAUCUGUUCCACUGUCAAGUAUGCUCAUAGGGAUGAUGUGCUUUAAAGGUAUUUAGCUAAAUCUCAUCUCUCAUAUAAAUGUUUUAUUGUUGUUGUUGUUAUAUAUGAUGCACAUUUUGUUUAUACUUAUUGUUGAGCUUUGGUUUAUGACUGAAAGUCUGAAACACAAAGAAGCAUUUAUUAGCUUAUAUAAAAAGCAGCUCAUCUUACACCAUAAAUAUUAGCCUUCACAGUUUUAAACAUA